CUCACUUUUUCUGUUUUGUUAUAAAUGUCAUCAAAACACGUGUUUUUUUUGUAAAUUGAAAGAGAAAAUAUGAAUAAAACCGAAGUUACCAAUUUUCAAGAUUUAAAAUUAAAUCAAUGGCUCGCUGAUCAGUGUAAAACAAUAGGUGUGAAAAAACCAACACCUAUUCAAACAAAUUGUAUUCCAGAAAUAUUGUCUGGAAAAGAUUGUAUCGGUUGUGCAAAAACUGGCAGUGGAAAAACACUUGCAUUUGCAUUGCCAAUUUUACAAAAAUUAUGUGAAGAUCCUUAUGGAAUAUUUGCACUUAUAUUAACACCUACAAGAGAAUUAGCCUUUCAGAUCGCUGAUCAAUUUGCCGUGAUUGGAAAGCCAAUUAAUUUAAGAAAAUGUGUUAUUGUCGGUGGAAUGGAUAUGGUUGUUCAGGGUCUUGAAUUAGCGAAACGACCACAUAUUGUGGUGGCAACGCCAGGUCGUCUUGCUGAUCAUUUAGAAAGUUGUGAUACAUUUUCAUUGCAAAAAGUAAAAUUUGUUGUUCUCGAUGAAGCCGAUAGACUUCUUAGCGGUCAUUUUGAUGAACAAUUACAAACAAUUUUUAACGCCUUACCAAAAAAGAGGCAGAAUCUUCUUUUUAGUGCCACUAUGACUGAUACUCUUGAAAAAGUCAAACAAAUGACAGCAAACGAUGUCUUUUUGUUCGAGGCUCAAGAUGAUACUGGAAUAGCGACUGUAAAGGAAUUAAAACAACACUUUGUCCUCUGUCCUGUUAAUGUUAGAGAUGCUUUUUUAGUUGAAGUCAUUAAAACCUAUAGAGAAACAUGUAAAAGUGGAUCUAUUAUGAUUUUCGCCGACACUUGCAAAAAUUGUCAACUACUAUCAAUGACUUUAAAUGAAGUUGGAUUUGAAAAUGUCGCUCUACAUGCAAUGAUAAAACAAAGAGAACGUCUUGAAGCUUUACAUAAAUUUAAAGCUGAUCAAGUGAAAAUUUUAAUAGCCACUGAUGUGGCAGCAAGAGGUUUAGACAUUCCCAUUGUGCAAAUGGUUUUAAAUCACACGAUACCUAAUAUUCCUAAAGAAUAUGUUCACCGUGUAGGUAGAACUGCAAGAGCCGGUCGUGAUGGUAUGGCUAUUAGUUUAGUAACACCACACGAUUUAAAAUUACUUCAAGCGAUAGAAGAUACAAUAGGCACUAAAUUAACAGAAUAUGAAGUAGACGACAAGGAAAUCGUAACGAUUUUCACACAGAUUUCAGUGACUAAACGAGAAGCAGAAAUGAAGCUCGAUGAAACUGAUUUUUUUGAAAAGAAAAUGAUAAAUAAGAGGAAAAAAUUAAUUUUAGCCGGAAUGGAUCCAGACGAAGUGGAAGAAUUUCUUGAGAAUCGAUUUAAACACAAGAGAAUGAAAAAAAGAAAAAUUAAAUCUGAUGUAGAGCAGAUAAAAGAAGAAAAAGAAAAGAAAGAAGAAAGUGACGAUGAAAACGAAAAAAUAAAUGAUUUAACAACAAAGGUAAAAUCUCCAAUUCAAAAAGAAAUUAACAAAAAAGAUAAAACACGACAAAUUGAAAGUAAAUCCAAAAUUUUAAUGAAGAAAUCAAUAACUAAAGAUUAAAAAUGAAUUUAAACACAACAUCAACUGAUAAUAAACGAAAGGAAUCAAAUGCUUUAAAAGCUUGUAAAGAAAUAUUAAAUGAACUUCUUUCCGAGAAACACAUUGAUUAUGCUUGGCCUUUCUAUCAAACAUUUAGUAAAGAACUUACAGAUGUAAUUGAAAAAAAUCACGGUUCAAUUGAAAAUCCAAUGAAUUUUCAAAUAAUUAAAUUGAAAAUGGAAAAUCGUGAAUAUAAAGCAGCUUAUGAAUUUGCCACUGAUAUUCGUCUUAUGUGUUCAAAUUGUUCAAAUUUGGAAUUUUUACCUUCAUUAGUUACUAUGUCGAAGAAAUUACAUCAAGUUUUUGAAAAAUUGUAUGCAAAUAUAAUUGAUGAUUCAAGAAGAAAUCUUUCUAAACAAAUUGCCGAUUUACUUGUUGUAAGUAAAAAAACUCUCAUUGCUUGUUCUUUAAAUCGACAAAAAUUGGAGCAAACAGUUUGUUAUAAAUUGAACAAUAAUUUUUCUCAAAAUAAUAAUCAAUCAAGUGAUAGUGAUUCAGAUUCUAUUAGUUCUUCUGAAAAUAUAGACGUUUACUAAUGUGAAUUAUUUUCAAAAUGUAUUUUCAUACCUGAAUUAGUUAAUUAAUUGUUCGACUGAAUUUUGUUAUUUAUUAAUUAUCUAAGAAAUAUGGGUAUGAAAAUAAGAUUUUAUAUUUUUCUACCUUGCUGAUAUAUUUUUUUUUUCAUAAUAUACAGUAAUUAUACGACUAUUUUUAAGUUUACAUUUUAUGUACUUAAAAAACAUUUAAAUUUUCCUAACAUUGAAUUGUAAUAUUUUUCAAUAAAUUGUUUCUUUAAAAUAA